AAUGAUCUAGAGGGGGAAAUUCCACAAAGCCAGUGGAUACAGUUGUCGUGCAGAAUGUGCUAUCACUCGAUUCUACUUCUCCUUGCUUUUGACUGACAGGCUCACAGGCUGUCACAGCCAUGAAAAUUUCCAGUGCUAGGGCGCCAAUCUUGUUUCUAUUUCCCACCCACCAGUGUUGCUGUGUGCUUGUUAUUGGCGUAUCAGCAUGGCCUGAAAGUUUUGAUAUGCUAUGGCAUCAGCUUUUAGCAUUCAACUUUCUUCGUUGGUCACUUUUGCUCCAGAUACGUGAACAGUUGCUAUUAACAUUGUACAGGACAACACGGAGACCACCUCUCUUCAUCCAUGGUCUCAACUAUUCUAAUUUCUCAAGUACAUACUCGUCCAAGGCUUCACUCACUUUUCCGAAGCACACAACCUUUCGUCAUCGACCAUUUUUGCCUCGAUUGAGCUUCGAUCACCUGUGAGUUUAUGAUGGCCAAGCCUGGUGACGCCGUG